GCUAGGAUUAAAUGUUAUGCAAAAGACUGAAAAACAAAACAACACACGCGUUUUCAAAAAAGAAAAUACGCGUUUCUUCUUCUUCUUCUUCUUCCUCUUCUCAUCAUCACCACCACCAACCCUCUCCCUCCAUCCGUCGGCGGCGACCAAGCAUCUCACCAUCUCCUCUUCACACUCCACCUAAACAAACUCCUUCACCGCCUUCUCUUCAUCCAAAACUGCUUCGGCUUCUUCACACCACCUACCAACGCUCAAACGGAACUCCUAUCGCCGAUCUUCCAAACCACCGGUGGCGCCACCAACGACAACUUUUCCAUUCCUUCAGAUGGAUUAACGAGUCUCAACUGUCCGUCACCAUUAGCGAUUUCAGAUUCUCACCCCAAUCUUCUGAUUCUCCUCCAUCACUGAUUCCAAAAGGUUCCAUUUUGAAUCCUUCCUAUACAGAAACACAAAAACGCUAAUCUGUUCCGCUUACUGAUUCAAAAAAGCUGAGGCAUUUGUAGUAAUGAGCUGCAUAGGAUAUGGAUUCAUUUUCUUCUCCAUUACAUAAGCAGCAAUGGCGACAAGUUUCUAAAGUCGGUGGCGGCUGCCGGUAUGUGAAGGUCGUUGUUCCUUUUUCUAUCAUUAUCUCACAAAUACAUAAGGCGCUAUUUUUAUUUCCGAAUCAGAAUUCCUUUCAUCGUUUUUGGUUGAAGUUUUAGGUACAAGAGACUCUACCAUGGAACCAACUUGUGCUGCUUGUGCCAUGGAAUGGAGCAUCCAACUUGAGAAGGGCCUCCGUUCUGGUAAACCAGGUGUACCUGUCAAAGCCAUAUUGCAAAUGGGCCCCCACCUUCAGCGUUGGAGUAGAGAGCUUGAGUCUGGUAUUGUUUCCAAUGGCAUGUUUGGCCUUGUGCCGGGUGAGGAUGAACUAUUUGCUAAUACAAUCCUCUUACGCCUUGCUGAUGCAUUUAGGGGAGGCAACACAGAAAUCAGGCUUUCUGUUGUCAGAGUUUUCUUGAUCGAGAGAAAGCACCAUGAUAACAGGAAGCACAAGCAGUGUAAAGGGUUGCUGUCAGUGGCCAGAGUAGCUAACCAUCUGGAGUUGUUGAAGCAGGUGAAAUCUGUUUUCAACAGUGGAGAUUCAGAGUCUAAGGCUCUGGCUCUGGUUCUGUUUGGUUGUUGGGCUGAUUUUGCCAAUGACAAUGCUCAGAUACGAUACUUGAUACUUUCCACCCUUGUUUCUCCUCAUGAUUCUGAGGCAAAAGCAUCAUUAUUUGCUGCCGGUUGCUUUUGUGAGAUAUCAGAUGAUUUUGCAUGUAUUACGUUGGAGAUGCUUUUUAACAUGAUGAACUCACCAGAAGUAUCAUUGCCUAUAAAAUUGGCUGCAGCACGAGUUUUUGCAAAAUUCAAGUGCUCAUAUUCAGUUGCAAAGAAAGCGUAUAAGAUAGGUCUAGAUCUGAUAUCAAAUUCUUCAAAUGAAGAUAUUCUUGUUAUCAUGCUAUUCUCACUUUCAAAACUGGCUACCAUUUCUACACUUCUUACCUCUAAUCAUGUGAACUUCCUUGUUUCAUUUCUGGAAGGACAAUUAACUUCACAUGUACAAGAAACAGCCUUAAGAUGCAUACAUUUUUUAUUCAGAAACAAUCCAUCUCUAAAGCUUUACUGCAAUACGUCCUUUGAAGUCCCAGAUGGACAACCCCUGGAUCUCUCGCCAUCUGAAUAUGAAACAUGGAAAGGUGAUUGGACUGAUGAUGAAAUGGUUGAACUGAACAAAUUGUUAUCAGAUUCCGAAGCACUUAAAUGUAUAGUAUAAAUUACUAACACACUUGCCAUUGUUGAUGUAAAGUUUAUUUUAUUUUUCAUCAAAAUUUCAACUUCUCUGGGGCAUUUGAAGUACAAGUUUGCACCAUUAAUAUUAAUAUAAAUUAAAAGUUUUACAA